AUGAAAGGUAAGUCGACGAAGAGUAACUCGACUUAUUUCAUAGCGCUCAGAAAACGUCUGGAUGCACUAGGAUAUGGUGAUCUUCCUCUUGGCUUAGAUUCAGCACCUCUUGCCCAACAAAUGAUGGAAGAUAUUUUUGCAACAACCGAAUCUCUCAAAGAUUCUGAAGAAAAACUCGAAAAAGAAAAAUCUAAUGCGAUGUUACUUGAAGCUCAACUUGAACCACUUCAAGCAGAGCUCACAAGAUUAACUAGAGAAAAUACACAGCUUCAUCAACUUUUAAUUAAGUCAAAAGAAGAUCUUGUUAAGCAAGACAAUCAGUUUUCUAUGAGUUCGUUUGAACUUAACGCAGAAAAUAGAAGAAUGAAAUUAUUAAAUCAAAAAACAAAUGAACAAGUCGUUAACUUACAAAAACAGUUAGAAAUUGCAAAUGCAAAGCUAAAAGAAGCUCUCGAAUCCCCAUCAGUUACAAACAUCUCUGAGUUAAGUGAUAGAGAAGGAUCCAGAAGAACAAAGAGAAGUGCACGCUCGCGCAGAACUGGAUCUGGAUCUAUCAGUAUUGAUGGACAAUCUACACUUUCUUCGCCAGAUGCAGAAGAACUCAAAGCCCUCAAAGAAGAAAUUGCAAAUCUCAAAGCUACUAUCGAGUCAAAGGAUAAAGAGAUUUCUAUAUACAAUACAAAACUCACGGAAGCUAAUAAUAUUAUCAAGAUCAAAGAUGAAGAGAUUAUCAGAAUUGGAGCAGAGUUAGAAAAGGAAACAGGUAGAAACGGAUACAUUAUAACUCUUCGUCAUAAGUUUGCUCAACAGGAACUUGAGCUUGAAAAGCUUCGUGCCCAACUUCGUGUUGCUGGAUCAGCUAGAAGUUCAGUAAUCAGACCACAUAGAUUCGUUAGAACAAAUCCAAAGAGAAUCUUCAGUACAGACAUGAACAAUAACGAAGAUAUGAAGUUCUCUUCUGCAGUUACAAGUUCAGCUCAAUCAACACCAUCUAAAUCAGACAAAUCAUCAAAGAACAAUGAUAGUUCUUCAAUGAUUAGCGAUGAAUAUGAUAGUAACUUCGCUCCAGAGAAGGCUAAACCAAGAAAGACAGCUCAGCAGAAGCAGCCACAGCAGCAAUCCCAACAGAACAAUCAGCAACAGAAGAAGACUGUUAAUAUUGAGACUAAACAACAAGCACAACAAAAUCUUAUCAACAGUCAACUCGAAGAAUCUCAAGAAACAAUCAAGAAGUUAGAGCAAGACAUCAACAAUCUUAAUGAACAAAUCAAGUCUAUCACUGCUGAAAAAGAGCAACAUUUGGCUAAGAUUGCAGAACUUACAGUAAACAUUGCUUUCAUUGGAGAUAACUUCAAAUCAACAGUUCAAGAGAAGGACCAAGUUAUUCAAACCUUAUCUAAUGAAAAGAGCAAGUUAGAAGAGAAACUUCAAGAAACAAUUGCAACUCUCACAAAGCAGAAAGAAGAAGAGAAGGCUCAGGCUCAAUUAGAUAUUUCAAAGCCACUUGAACAACUUGCUAAGCAAUUAGAAGAUACAAGAGCUGAAUUUACUGCAAGAAUCAAAGUUAAGAAGCAAAAGAUCACAGAAUUGAGAGGUAGAAUUGCAGAAUUACAGAAACCAAAGGAAUUACCUCCAUGCAAAAAAUGUCCUGUUCUUAAAGCAAAGAUAGAAGAAUUGACCAAAGAAAUAGAAUCAAUCAAGAAGGAUAAUAGUGAUUAUAAUGCUUUACAAGACCAUAUCAAACAACUUGAAAAUCUUUUGCAUGCAGCAGAUGAAGAGAAAGACCUUCAUUCUAAUGAUGCACAGAAACUCGCUGAAUCUAUUGUUAGAGUUGGAGCUCUGGAAGGAGAACUUGAAGAAACUAAAUCCAAGUUAAAUUCUGCUCUUAGAGAAGUUGAAAGGAUGAAAGCUAGAGUUGAAGAAAGCGAAAGGUUAUCUGCAACAGUUCCAGAUAUUCAACAGAAAUGCCGUGUUUCAAUGGAACAGGCUAAAGCUGAAAAUGAAGCUCUUCAAGAGGAGAUCAAGUGUAAGUCAGAGUUUAUUGCAGAAUUAAACUCAAGAUACGUUGAAUGCCAAAAAUUAAACAGAAAAUAUCAGCAACAGUGUCAGAAAGCAUUAGAUGAGGCUCAAACAAUGCGUGAUGAAGCUAAAUUCCACAGAACAAAGAAUGAAGAAGUUCAAAUGAUAGCAACUGAGAAAUUAGCAACACUUAAAUCUGAAUCAACUGCCACAAUUAAUCAACUUCGUCGCGAAGUUCAACAGAAGACUCAAGAAAUUGAAGGAUUGAAUAAAGUAUUAGCAAGAACUCGCGCAGAUCUUGCUCCAUUAACUGAAGUUCAAAUCCCUCAACUUAACGAACAGGUUGCUAAGCUUAAACGCGAACGCCAAGAAUUAGCAAUCAGAAUUAAGAGCCUUUGUGAAUUGGCACAAUUUGCGGAGAAAACAACAGAAUUCUCACCAAACUCAAUUGCUUUUGUUCAAGCCUUACAUCAUUUUAAUGACGAAGUCAGACCUUUCUUGUAA